UCCCCAGCCAACCCGUGGCCAUGCCCAAGCCAAAACACUCUUCAACUUCUUCAAAAGGCGUUUGAACGACUAGACAUCGGCAAAAAUCUCACGCGUCACACAGCGCGGUGUGGAGCACCCCCCCUAGCCGGAUAUGCUGGGACUGGGACCGUACUGGCCCGAGAAAAACGUCUUACUUACUUGAAUGUUCGGUGACCAGGUUGAUAGUGGACCGCGGUGUGUUUUACCUAGUUUUCCGUCGAAGUGAAGCCUGCUGAGCCUGCUGCCGUCUACUGCUGCUCCAAGCCGACACCCGACACCGUACCGUGCUGCUGUCGGGAUCGAGCGUCGUCGUCGGGCCGUUGGUGUAGUCGCAGCUCGGUCGCUAAGUUGUCCGGACCACUCGGCCGAGUGCUACUGUUCUUGCGAUAGUGUGCCAUUUGUUUACACCAUGGCGCCCAACUGUGUUCUGUGCGAAUUUCCCAAAAGUAAAUUGAAAUGCUCGCUCUUCCGAUUCCCACCGGCUGAGAAGGAGAGCACACUGCGUCAAAGCUGGUUGGAAUACUGCGGUUUGACCUCUGAGCCCCGGAAAAGUAUGUACCUCUGUGCGAAUCACUUUAGGCGGUCCGAUAUGGACAACUUCAGCUCUAAAGUAUGUCUCAAGCAGCGUGCCGUUCCAUCUGUACCGCGAGAGGAGUGGAUGCCUCUUGUACCUAAAAGAACAAUUAGAACGUACGAUUUUAUUCCUGGAUCCCCCGGCUGGAUAGAGGUCCAGCGUCGUCGCCGCGCCAUCCAACUGGACCUUGAACGGUCAAGGACAGCAUUUAAAGAAAUGGUGCACAAACGGUACGGAUUGAAGAUGGAUUCACCACCACCACCACUUGCCCCCUUGUCCACCGAGCCCACCGAGGAGGCAAUUAAUUCUUCGGGCAACACUAUGUCCUCAGCCCCACCUGAUGUGAAAUUAAUUCCAACCCUGCCCAUAGGAGAUAAAAUCAAUAUCGAAAUGGGUGCUCAAAAGAAGGAACCGGAAGUGUCACAGAUUGCACCCUCACCCCACCUCUCUUUCUGGCAGAGACAGCUCGAGUCAUCGACACAUACGCCAACGGAAAGUAUGGGUGACAUCGUUAAGACGGAGGUGUGCACAAACGUGUGACAACUGGCGACACACAAUGAAGAGAAUUUGCACAAGGCGUCACAGCAAGAUCUUAUCCUGUUGUGGAAGCCACAAAAAAUAAUUUUAUUUUAAACUGAUUAAUCGGAAAUAAGCAGCAAAUUUUCAUGACUAGGACGAUGGCACGACGUCCUUUCUCAGCUCAAGGAUGUAGCCGACCGCGUAUGACCCUCAAACUGUAUUUUAUUUUUAUCAAACACGUUUACACUGUCAACAGUUAACCACGAAAACAAUAACAAAAUAAAUGAAAAACACUGAGUUGA